UUACGGGAAAAAUGUGUGGGAAAAAUUCUGGUGGUUUUUGGACUCUCGGGCCUUCCGUAUUACGUUGCUGUUAUGUUGACGUGUGAAUUACUCCCUACACUACUAGCUAACGAUAUUGUACUUUGCACAACAGGGUUUAGCUAGUAGCAAUUACAUAUAGCCAUAGAGUUGAAGAUUAUCGCUCAUGCAAACCUUUAGUUGAAUAGUUUUAGACACCAAAAAAUACGAUGGCAGCCGCCUGGGAAGAAAUCAGACGUCUGGCAGCGGAUUUCCAGAGAGCACAGUUUGCUGACACAGUGCAGAGGUUGUCCGAGAGGAACUGCAUUGAAAUCGUUGCCAAGCUGGUUGAAGAGAAGAAGUUGGAUGUGGUACACACACUUGAUGGCAAAGAGUACAUAACCCCGUCCCAAAUCAGUAGAGAGAUAAGGGAUGAGCUCUACGUCCAUGGAGGUCGGGUCAACAUUGUGGAUCUACAGAAGCUUAUCAACGUUGAUUGGGUUCAUGUUGAGGCCAGAGCAAAUGACAUCGCAAGAUCUGAUAAAAGCAUUCAGCUGGUGCUGGGGCAGCUUAUCGAUCAAAACUACCUGAAUCGAGUUUCUGAGGAGGUGAAUGAUAAACUACAAGAGGCAGGCUUUGUGAAUAUCCCAGAACUAUGUAAAAACUAUGACCUUCCAGGGGACUUCCUGACUGAGGAGCUGUCGAAGCGCCUUGGGAAAGUCAUCCAAGGCCAGAUGGAUGAGUACAACAGGGGAGUCUUAUUUACCCCUGCAUUUGUCUCUCGCCAUGGAGCUCGCAUCCGUGGGCUUUUCAGUGCAGUGACCCGGCCAACACCAGUUGGUAAUGUGAUUGGCGUCUAUGGUUUUCAGGAACAUCUUCUCUACUCUGUUUUGGAGGAGCUGGUGAAUACUGGCCGUCUGAAAGGCACCGUGGUGGGGGGCCGGCAGGACAAAGCUGUCUACAUCCCUGACAUCUACUCCAAAACACAGAAUUCCUGGGUGGACUCCUUCCUCAAGCAGAACGGCUAUUUAGAGUUUGAUUCUUUGAUCAGACUUGGCAUCCCUGACCCAGUGAGCUACAUCAAGAAACGUUUAAAGUCCAGCAAGCUGCUGUUUCUCAGGGCAGCCUGUGUAGGCCAGGCCCUGGUAGACCAGGUGGAGGCUUCUGUGGAGGAGGCUGUCAACUCUGCCACAUGGGCCGAUGUGCAGCCCAUUCUGCCCAGCUGUCUGUCCAUGGAAGACGUUGGCAUCAUAAUCAACGAGGCCAUGAGAACGACCAACGUGCAGUCGACUGCCAGGGUCCUGGGAGACACCGUGGUGGUCAGCGAGAAGUUCAUCAGCAACUGUCUCUGUCUCUUUGAGGAAACUAUGCAGCAUAAAGCUCAGAAGGAAGCCAAGAACAACCCUGUUUUCCUGAUAACUGAAGACGAUCUCAAGCAAGGCGCUAUGAUGACAGAAAAUACAGCCCCCUCCAAAAAAGAGAAGAGGGAGGCGGAGAGGAGGAAAAAGACUACAGAGGGCAGUGGCAGUAAAGGAGGUGGUGGAGGAUGCAACGCCAGAGAGGUCAGGAUACGCAAAACGAAGAAGAAGGGCAGGAGGGACGAUGACAGUGACGAGGAGACAGCAGUCACCCCACAAAAUCGUAACAAACAGACUGAAGUCCCCUUCAUGGCCCUGGAGGAGAUCACUGCUGUCCUAGAAGAGAGAGUGUGUGACUGCCCCGAAGAAAUCCUCUCUGAGUUGGCAGAGCAUUUAGUAAGGCCUUUGACUAAGACCUACCAGGAGGUGGUUCGGACUGUGUUCAUGUCUUCCACUAGCUCCACGACCGGGGUGACAAAGAAGAGAAGUGUGAAAGACUUCCAGGAGGAGCUCUCCAACCUGUACAACAACAUCAGGCUCUUUGAGAAAGGGACCAAGCUCUUCUCUGAUGAGACCCAGGUCCACAUUGCCAAGUACGUCCUGAAGACAGUGUGCACGGACGUCACCAACAUCCUGGUGAAUUUCAUGGCUGCUGAACUCAUGAUGUCAGCAGAGAAUCCCAGCUCUAUCACCAAUGAGGUCAGAGUGAAGAUAUUAGGAAUGUUUCCAGUGGAAACCAAAGGGCCUCUUAUGAAAGUGCACAACAGUCUGAAUGGAAAGACAAUUGAAGAUUUUUUAACCAAUAUAGAAACGGCAGUUGCGGUGUGUGGAUUCAUGCUGAAGAAGGGAGACAAGAAAAGAGAAAGACAGGCCCUGUUCCUGCACCGCCAGGCUCUGAUAGAGCAGCUGAAGGAGACUGAGGACCCAGCCCUGAUUCUCCACCUGACCAGUGUGCUUCUCUUCCAGGCCAGCACCCACUGCAUGCUGCACGCCCCCGGACGCUGUGUCCCCCAGAUCAUAGGGACUCUGGUGGGCCGUGUCUCUGAGGAGCAGCACAAGCUGCUGACGGGCUACCAGGGUCUGGUGGUUAAGAGGUUGGUGAGCCAGAGCCAGGGGAAAAAGCAGGAGCAGGGGGAGGGAGAGAACCCAGAGGAGGGGGACGAGGCAGAGGCCAUCCGGAAGGAGCUGGUCUCCCUAACCAGCGAGGUAAAGGAUCUGGUCCUCUCUCAGAAGAAGACAUCUGGGACUGAAGAGUGAAUGGGCUUGUGCCACAUCGACUGCGUUGCAGUUGGAAACUGCCAGCUGACUGAUCUGAUCUACAAAUCACCUAACUACUGAUUAUUUGUAGAUCAGCCUGUUAGUACCAAUUUACCCACAAUCCAUUGCGGAUUUAUUGCUCGCCAAAGCGGCCAAUGAAUGUCCAGAGAUCUAGAAAAAAAUCAUAAAUUAAUAAUGAAAUUCUGUAUAUCAGCUGCCCCAAACACAAUUGUCUUACAAAGUGAUUUCUCAACAGUCGUACCCAUUUAGACUAAGAAAUAUCUGAUACCCACCUAGUGUUUUAGUGUUCUGAAUGGUCCUGUUAUUUAAAAUUAUUUGCAGUAAAUUCCUUUGUGGGAUGUCAUUUGAAUUAACAUUCCAAUUAAGUCCUCAGUGAGGUAAUGUAAUAAAUAAUUCAUGGAUUUAUUAAAAAACACUUAGCCUCUC